CCCAAUUCCCUUACUCACCCACUCACUCACUCACUCACUCAAUCAGAUCAAUUUACUCUUUUUCUCACUCAGCACCAGUUUAUUUGGUUACGUUUAGAAGGCUGACUAGACUACUACUUAAUUCUAGUCCUUCAAGGCCCGGUUCUGCCGCAACUCCGCUAUUAUGGAGCAGCCCACCAGCCCACUUCUACCACCAUUACCACCACUAGCCAGAACCCACUUCUAAGUGCAGUACUAAUUUGGCUUGCCCGCAAGUGUUGGUGCGCACGGUUUCAGCUAUUCUGCUCCUGGUUCCAUCAUAAUCACCCACUAUCGUUGUUCAUCAUGAUGGGGCAAGAAAAGCACGUGAGAGACCGCCGCUGUCUCGCCAGUACACGCUCGCGAGUUAUCCUCGCCGUCUUCGUUAUCAUUGCCAUCCUCGCCGUCGUCAUUCCACCAGCAGUUGUGGUCACUCUACACAAGAAGAACAGCAUGGGUCCCAAAGCUUCGGUUUUUGUUCCGCUCUAUGUGUAUCCUGCUCCCGGAGCCUGGGAUCCGCUAGAGAAAGUGGUCUCUACACAUCCCGACGUCAACUUCACGGUGGUGGUCAACCCCGGUAGCGGCCCUGGGCCCGAUGCCUUGCCUGACGCCAACUAUACCCGGGAGGUUCCUAAGCUCGCUUCCUAUGACAAUGUUCGUCUACUAGGUUAUGUCGCUACCACGUACGCCAAUCGCAACAUCUCGUUGGUGCGCCGCGACAUCGAGACCUAUGCGGCGUGGCCGACCAACAGUUCCAACCCCAAGCUUGCGGUUCGGGGCAUAUUCUUUGAUGAAACGCCUCAGCAAUACGAUGCGAAUUCCUUGGCAUAUCUUCACGAGCUGACGGCCGUGGUGAAGAGCCAUCCUGGCCUUGGGCCGGAUAAUUAUGUCGUCCACAACCCCGGCGUGAUUCCUGACUCCCGGUACCUGAGCACCGCUGAUUCGACCGUCGUCUUCGAGGCGACUUACCAGACCUUCCUGGACCGCCAGGGGGCUAAGCUCUUCCAGGAGAUCCCCAACAGCACGCGCCAGCAGCUCACGGCCGUCGUGCAUUCGGUGCCUGCCAGCGUGGAGGGCUCGCAUUUCCGGAACCUAGUGAAGCAGGUGCGCAAGGUCGCGGAUGAGGUGUUCAUCACCCAUCUCGAUACGAAUUACUAUGCCAGCUUCGGGAGCCAAUGGGAGCAGUUUGUCGAUCUGAUGGCGAAAUAAUGAGAGUUGCCUUUGACAGGCAUCUGUGAUAGUGUUGCGCAUCUGGUUUAAAAAAAGGGCUGGUCUAGUCUCUGCUGUCGUUCUACAGUUCCUUCUAUCAUAUAUUUGGCGGCCAACGGGGGUGGUAGUAUAUAUUCUGCUUUUUGCGUGUUUUGGCGGCUUUUCUCCUCCUCAUCAAAUCAUCAAGGUAUCGACUGCGUCGCUUUUCGGAUGAAUGGAAUGAAAUCAUGGUCUGGUAUACGAUAGUAUAGUAUAGCAAAGAGGAUUUUCCAGAUCAUGGUGAAUGUGAAUGACGUAUUUACGAG